UGAAAAAGUAAACAAAAACCUAGCAAAACUAAGAAGAAAAAUCCAAAUAGAUCCAACCCUCGAUACCCCCCACUGUCCUUCGCCCUUCGCCCUUCUCCGAUGCCAGCCCCACAUUUGUUGUCCUUCUUCUCAAGCGUCGUCUUUCACCACUUGCCCCAUGAAUAAGGAUGAUAUCCAUAUCUGCAACAAUGAGUAUCGCAUUCUGCAACAUUCGAUUCUUUGCAACCAAGUCACGGGAGUGGAUGAUUUCCCGAUCUUUAACCAAACUUUGCCAUGGCAGUAGCUCGCCAACUUUCUAGAUCUGUAAUUUUCCUACAAGAAGGAGGCAACAAGGUCAAAGAUUUUGUGUAGGAAGAAUAAGGCUGCAAGAAGAAGAAGAGGCAAGUGGACACUUGCCGAGUUAAGAGAGAGAAACAAAGAUUAGCAUCAACAAACAAAUGGGUUGGUUCUUAUGUUCUGGAAAAUCAAACAAAAAUGCCAAGAAGCACAGUGAUAAGCCAGAAGAUCAGAUCUCAUCAACGUCAGAAAAAUCAAAGGUGAACCCAGCAGUUGAUGCAAGAAAGGAGAGCUCUAAGGAUGGGGGUUCUGAUCAUAUUGCAGCACAUACAUUUACAUUCCGUGAAUUGGCAGCUGCAACAAAGAAUUUUAGAGCUGAUUGUCUUUUGGGUGAAGGAGGUUUUGGUAGAGUGUAUAAAGGUCGCUUGGAGAGUACUAGUCAGGUUGUAGCUAUCAAGCAGCUUGACCGUAAUGGGCUUCAAGGAAACAGGGAAUUCCUUGUUGAAGUAUUAAUGCUAAGCUUACUUCACCAUCCUAAUCUUGUAAAUUUAAUUGGCUAUUGUGCUGAUGGAGAUCAGAGACUUUUGGUGUAUGAGUACAUGCCACUAGGAUGUUUGGAAGACCAUCUACAUGAUCUACCACCUGAACAAAAGAGACUUGACUGGAAUGCAAGAAUGAGAAUAGCUGCGGGUGCUGCUAAGGGCUUGGAGUACUUGCAUGAUAAAGCAAGCCCCCCUGUUAUAUAUCGUGAUUUAAAAUGCUCUAACAUUUUGCUUGGAGAAGGCUUUUACCCCAAGCUAUCUGAUUUUGGCCUGGCAAAAUUGGGUCCUGUAGGAGAUAAGACGCAUGUGUCCACUAGGGUGAUGGGAACCUAUGGAUAUUGUGCUCCUGAAUAUGCAAUGACAGGUCAGCUCACGUUGAAAUCAGAUGUAUAUAGCUUUGGUGUUGUUCUACUUGAAAUUAUUACUGGUAGAAAGGCAAUUGACAAUUCAAGGUCUGGUGGAGAACACAAUUUGGUUGCAUGGGCCCGACCCUUGUUUAAAGAUCGUAGGAAAUUUUCACAGAUGGCUGAUCCGACACUCCAAGGCCAAUAUCCAGUGAGGGGCUUAUACCAAGCUCUUGCUGUCGCUGCAAUGUGUGUUCAAGAACAGCCAACCAUGAGACCUCUAAUAGCUGACGUAGUCACAGCGCUUUCCUACCUUGCUUCACAAAAGUAUGAUCCUGAAACUGUGCCAGUACAAUGCUCUCGCACCAGCUCAUCCACCCCUAGAACUAGAAGGGAAUUCUGAAUAUGGUCUGGUAUGACAUGAAAAGCCAGAAACAUAAUUUCCUCACAGUUCUAUGUGAUUUUAUAUUGUUGCCAACCAGCAUACUGCUUUGGGAUAUUCCUCAAGGAGUCGAGAAGUGCUUGCAUUUAGAGGCCAUUCAAAUGGAAUAUUUAACUGGGUCUGUGACAGCGCCAGUUGAUCAAAUUUCUUCACUCCAUUACAUGGCAACAGGUUUGAUGUUCUCUUCUAGUGUGUUAUAAAAAGAAAAGAGAAAAGUUGAGUUUUCUUCUAUUUUCCAUUUUUUGUUUCCUCAUGAUGUGCUCUUUUUAUGCUUCUCUACAAAAUUCUUUUAUUUACAAUUGUGCUAGCAAUGGGGAUUUUGUAUUUAUAUAGAAACUGAUUCCCCACCAAAGAGAGAGAUAGAGAGAGAGAGGGUAUUCAUCUUGUUGUAGGAAUAUUUACUGUUUUGGUGAAUAGAUGGGCCCAUCCAUCCCUGGUGUUGUUCUUCUACUUUAAAUGACUAUUCUAGUGUUUUUGAAUGUAUAUUUCUUCACUUGCAAA